GCAUUUAAAGAUAGUGGCAAAGCACCUGUGGAACAGGAAGUAGCAAUUCACCGAAUUAGAAUUACCUUGACAAGUCGCAAUGUAAAGUCACUGGAGAAGGUCUGUGCUGAUUUGAUCAGAGGUGCCAAGGAAAAGAAUCUAAAAGUGAAGGGACCUGUUCGCAUGCCUACUAAGACUCUGCGAAUCACUACUAGGAAAACACCAUGUGGUGAAGGUUCUAAGACCUGGGAUCGUUUCCAGAUGCGUAUCCACAAGCGUCUCAUUGACUUACACAGCCCCUCUGAGAUUGUUAAGCAGAUCACUUCUAUCAGCAUUGAACCAGGUGUAGAAGUUGAAGUUACUAUUGCUGAUGCCUAAACACCUGGCAUCUGCUUUAAUAAAAGUUGAUUUGUAA